CAGACGCCAUCCUAUGGUCUCGCUCGGCUCUCAUCUCUCAUUUCUCCUAUAAGUAAAAAGAAAUCUAAAGAAGCUCAUCUCCAAACCUGUGGAGAAGAAGCUCCAUCCAUUCCCAUGGCUUGCACCACUCUCUCAACUGCUGCCACCCCUUCUCAGCAGCUUUGCUCUGGUAAAAAUGGGGCCUUUUCACCAUCCCAAGCCCUUCUAUGCAAGCCUGCGAAAGGGCUGUGCUUGGGGAGGGGGAAGAUUGGGAGGAUCACUUGCCAGGCGACGAGCAUUUCUGCAGACAGAGUGCCAGACAUGGGCAAGCGGCAGCUGAUGAACCUUCUUUUGCUGGGAGCUGUGUCGCUGCCUACUGUGGGCAUGUUGGUCCCCUAUGCCGCCUUCUUUGUUCCCCCUGGUUCGGGAGGAGGAGGUGGUGGAAUCGUUGCAAAAGACGCUCUUGGAAACGAUGUUAUUGCAGACGCAUGGCUUAAAACUCACGGUCCCGGUGAUCGAACACUUACCCAAGGGUUAAAGGGUGAUCCUACCUAUCUUGUUGUGGAGAAUGACAAAACUCUUGCAACCUAUGGCCUAAAUGCUGUCUGCACCCACCUUGGUUGUGUUGUUCCAUGGAAUGCAGCUGAGAACAAGUUUAUUUGCCCUUGCCAUGGAUCCCAGUACAACAACCAAGGCACGGUUGUAAGAGGACCUGCACCAUUGUCCCUAGCUUUGGUUCAUGUGGACAUUGAUGACGGGAAAGUUGUAUUUGUACCGUGGGUUGAACCUGAUUUCAGAACAGGGGAAAAUCCAUGGUGGGCUUAAACUCUCCACAAAGCCUCCACGUCUUCAUUUUGAGAGCAGUUUGUUGUAUCUACUUUCAGAAAAAAGAGAGCAGAUUGUUGUGUCAGCUUGUCUUCUGAAAAACUCGCUAAUAUUCUUCUCAUCAAGUCAUGUAGGCUUGUACUGAGGAGGAAAUAUCUGAAAAUCUUGAGUAAUAUGAGACCUCAAAUUGAGAUUGGUCAUCAUUAUCCUAUAUCAUUGGUUUAUUCUAUGUAAUGUAUUAAUCCUUAAUAAUUUCUUGUUUUAGCAUACAAACGGUUGGGAUUGCAGUGCUGUAAAUAUAAUGGCAUUUUCUUAUUGGAAA